AUGCGGAGAUUGUUAAUAGGAGUCAUUCUGUUUGUAUUAGCAUCUGCAGAAUAUGUGAAAUAUGAACUGACGUAUGAAGAAUGUAAAGAAGCUGGUUUCGUCCCGGAGUCUUUAAAGUGCUCCUCAUGCAGACCACUUCCCAAAUUCAACUUGGAAUUCUUACUGUCUGACUGCUUGGCGUGUUGCACCAAGGAUGAGGAAGAUCAUCCGAAUACAGUGCCCUGGCUGCUUCAAGAUUAUAAUAUUUUGAAGUGGCAUGAGUUUUUAAUAGCAGCGCACUACUCAAAGUUGAAUGGUAUUCAACGUGUUAAGUUAUCAUUUGAUAAAAUGAUUCAGACAUACCCCUACGCUGACAUAGAAGUCUGUGAUUGCAACCUUGCCCGAUUUCCACAAGCUCAAGCAUUCGUCCAAGAAAAUAUGGCCGCCCCAUGGGGUGAUAGUGUACGAGUUCGUCAGGUGCGAGGGAUUACCCCUCAGAUUGUUUUGAAAGACCAUUCGGGUAAACGAAUACAAACAUAUAACAUAGAGAAGUGGGACACGGAUACUAUCAAGGAGUUUUUGACUGAGUUUAUCGAAUAG